AUGCACAGGUUCGCUUUAGCCAAGAAAACUAUCCCCCAAUGGAAUGGAAAACUCUCAAGAAGCUCCUGGAAUGCCGCUGACAGGUUACUCGUGCGAAAUUUUGGGCUAAGCUCUUCGAUUUCAACACAACGUAUCUCAAUACGAUGGAACGCUCAAAGGGAUUUCUCAGGAUCUCUCAGUAGUUCGAAUAAAAUGAAGGAGGCAAAAAAUGCAAGCCACUCGAAGCUAAUACAUGAAAAGCUCAAAGUAGCAACCAGGGCUCCCCCACAUGCCUUCAAGCUUAUAACCGAAAGGGACAGACUGCUAGUGCAGGCCACGAGCAUGCUCCAAAGGCUCAAAAUAAACCUGAAGUGGACUCUCACGAGAUCUAUGAAGCCAUUCAACUCUGACGACAUAAGUGCUUUCAUAUCGUGGGUUCUCGUAAGUAACGUGAUACUGAUCAUUUUGGGGACUACCACAUUUGCAUCGCUGAUCAUUUAUUUGGUCAACACCGUUUUAGCCCAAGAGUACGUGGCGACUCAGGUCGGAAACCUUUUAACCAAAAAUAGUUCGGUUUCAGUGGUUUUCGAGAAUGCCAUAGUACCGAAUUGGUCGUCGGGCAAGAUUUGUUUUAAUAAGGUUUUCGUUUCUCGCAGGCCGAAGUUGUCUCACAGUUUCACAAAAGGGUCCCAAAAUGAGGCUGCAGAAAGGGCCAAACUCGCUAUUACGGAGCAGCUGCUUGUUAGUAGAGAGGAUUUCGAUGACGGUAAUUACGCACAAUUCGAUUUAACGAUGGAGAAAGUUGAAAUAUCAUUGAGUUUCAAUAAGUGGAUUAAUGGGAGAGGUAUUCUAGACGAGGUGACCAUAAACGGCUUACGUGGGGUUGUUGAUAGGACUCACGUUAUAUGGAAGGAAAACGACGAUGCUAGAAACUAUCUUAAUGUCCAUCAACCUGGGGACUUUGAGAUAUCUAGGUUCGAAAUGAAUGAUGUUUUAUUUACGCUAUACCAGCCUAAUGGGUUCAGACCUUUUCAAGUGAGCAUUUUCAACUGUGAGCUGCCGCAGCUACGAAAGCACUGGUUAUUUUUUGAUUUUUUGAAUGCCAACAACAUUAGUGGUACUUACGAUAACUCAUUGUUUUCGAUACACAGGAAGUACAAAGCAGACGACUCCCAGAUGAACAAGUCCUCUCCGUGGAAAAAAGUUACGCGUAUGCGAGUGGACAACUUAAAUAUUGACCAUUUGAAUGCUGGCAUUGAAGGACCAUUUGGCUGGAUCACGGAGGGCCAAGUGGAUAUGAUUGGCGAUAUUUUGCUACCGGAUAAAGAUCCCGAUGCCUCGCAAAUGAGCGAGAUGUUUACAGUCAUCGGACAGCGUUUGCUUAAAGAGGCUCGUCGCCAUUCGUCGAUCUUACUCCCAGAACCAUUUCAGCUUCCGCAACAGAAAAAUAUUGACCCACAGCAGUAUUUUAUCAUGGACUACUUCUUAAGGCUUCACAAUGUUACAGCAGAAGUCCCGCUCUUUGACAAUGCUUUGAGUUACAUCAAUAGCGCGCUGAUAAGACCCAUUGUUGGUUACAUUAACUCUAGAAGGACCUAUAUUCCUAUUAGAUGUCAAGUUGUCAAAGAUUUGUCAGAUUUUGAAGGGUCCUGGACAAUAUACGACUGCAAAUUAAUGGAUGACCUUAGUGCUGAGGUUUAUGAUGCUUUCGCGGAUUACGUGGCGGACGAUGAUCGUAAGUCACUUCGUUUGAAGAGGAUUGGGUUUUGGUCUCUACAGCUGAUGGCUCAGCUGGUCUUACUGAGUUUGGGAUCGAUCGCUUGA